AGGAUGACAUUCUCUUCAUAGCAGCCUUCUUUCAGGAAGCAUCACACGCCCUCCAGGUCUAACACAUCGAGUGACUUUGGAGGCUCGGGGAGCGAAACAUUUUGUCCAGGAGGACAAAGUUUUAAUGUUGGUUAAGAGGUGAACAGAGUCAGGUGAGGCUUCUUUUCAAGGACUUGGACCGCUGCUCAUUCAAGUGCAUUUAGCGUUCAACCAGUCGAUGCAAGGACGCAGUCCCUGGUCAACUUUGGUCUAUCACCGCUUCAGCUGACCCAUGGAGGACAGAAAUGACAGUCCCGCGGCUGUGAGGGUGGAGGAGCAUUCUCGCGGUGUCGUUCUGACUUACUUCCAGGGGGACAUCAACACCAUGGUGGACGCUCACUUCACCCGCGCCCUCGGCAACGUCAGCAGGUCCAAGGCCCCCGCCGCCAGGACAAAGAAAACCCGUAAAAUUAUUAAACUGGAGGAAUCCAGCGCCUGUCAGGCCAGCGCUGUGGACUGCUACUCGCAGCCAGAGGUCCCUCCUCCUGAGCGUCUCCUGAACUUCAGUCCCGCGGAGGACGCUCUCGGCUCGUGGCACUCGUUCAACGGCAGGUCGGCGGACGGCCCCGGGCUGCAGUCCCUCGCCUACCCCCUGUCCCCCGGUGGAUUGAGUCUCACCGGGCAACAAUACGCCACAUCUCUGCUCAACCUGCUGCAUAAUGAAAGGGGGGACAUCGGGCCCAGCAUGGCCUCCGGCUCCAAGCCAGAACUGCAUCCCAGCUGGCCGAUGCCUCAAGGGUUCAGAGACUCUGUAGACCCCGCCGCGGGCUUUGAACCUGGACGACGCCUGGAAAAGAAGGACUUGUACUGGUACUGAAGGCGAGAGCAGGCCGGUGCAGCCGGCUUCAACCGCACCACAUACUUGUGGCUCUGCGAAACCACCCGGCUCUCCGUUCAGCCGCCUGAGGGAUUCUCGUCGAGCAGGCCUGGCUGAGUGUCAGCUGAGACGACGCGCAAAAGAAACACUGCAGCGCCUCCAUUCCUCCGCUGAAUGAAACGGCCUCGGCACGUCAGCAUGUACCAACUGGAGCAACGACACACUCCGACAAACCUGUUCUUCCAGUCUACUACUUCCACUUCGAAAUCACUCAAAUCUGAAGAAGAUUUGCACCGGAUUAAUUCUCUUAGUUGCCCUAUAGAGGUAAAUAGACCAGUGUUGUUAUUGUUUUUAUUGAAUAUUGAUGUCAGUAUGUACGGUUCAACUAUAUAAGUCUAUGUUUCUAUGAGAAUUUUUUUUUUCAAACCAACAAACAGAUGAAGGACAUUGUUGUUGAUGACUUAAUGGCGCUGGUGCCAUGCAGUGUAGAAAGAAACAGAAACAUGUCAAACACGUCUAUGUUGAACACAGGUGGAUAUUUAAUGUAUUCAAAACGUGAAAGACCUCUGAAAUAAAAGUAAGAGUAUCGAAAAACAUACUUUGUAAAGUAAUCCAAAUGAUCAUACACACAAAUUGAGCAAUACCGAUGUUCACACUUUUUUUUCAUACAAAUACAAUAAACACAUGAUCAGCGGUAGUAAGAACAACUAAGUAACUUUUCUCAUGUAGACCUGUUGAAUUUAAGUACUUGACAUUUCCAUUUACUUGUCUUCAUUUCAGCGGGAAAUACUGUACUCUGUUCUUACCGAGAAUUUAUCUUUUCUUACAACAACUCACUAGUUACAAUUGGCUACUACAAAAUGAAGGUAAUUAAGAUUAAGUUAUCAGUUUCAUAUUAAUGUAACAAUAAGUAUAUGUAUUUGGUAGAAAUACUGACAGGUUCCAUUGUGUAUAAUUAUAACUUUUACUUUUAAAACUUUAAGUACUCUUUGUUGCCACUACAUCUGAACUUCAGAUGGAGUUUUAUUUGUAAUGGAGUAUGUUUAUAGUGUGGUAUUACUACUUCCACCUUGUAAAUUAUAUUAAUUCCUUCCACCUCAACAUACAAUGUAUAUUUGCCUGUAGUUAUUGAUAUUGUUGAAACUCAAGGUGUCCAAUAUUGAAUAAAUGAGACAUUACGGAAGGAUCAUGUGUACAUACUGAACAUUCUGUUUGUCUUGACUGGAUGAUGAAACAUGGGAAUAUGAAAUAAAAUAAUCUUUGGGAAAAA